ACCAAGUGAAUAUGGAGAAACACUGGUCUGCAGUUUGUGCUUUGAUUUUAGUACUCGGUGUAUAUGUGCACUUGGACACAGCUUUUCCUGCAGACACUGAGUGCAGUGUGAGAGAAAACCGAGGAAAAUGUCCAAAAAGGUUCUGGGGCAUUGGGCUGUGUGCAGAGUUUUGCACGAAUGACUGCGACUGCCCCAGUAAUAAGAAAUGCUGUUCCAAUGGAUGUGGACAUGAGUGCAUGGAACCAAUGACAGAGAAGCCAGGCAACUGUCGUCGGCCCCAGGGAACCCAGCUGUGUGCCGAGUUCUGCUAUCAUGAUGGUGAAUGUCCAGGAGCAGAGAAGUGCUGCAAGACGACCUGCGGCCAUGCCUGCAGUGUGCCCUGCUGAUUGGUCAGCAACAGACUCUGCUGCAUGUGUGCACUUGUUUGAUUUCUUUCACUAAAUAAUUCUACAUUUUCAUAGUGGCACACUUAACUGAGCACCAGUUUGCACAAUGUUUAAUGGUUGGGGUUUUAGAAAGUACUUUUUGUAUGUUUGUAUACACAAGUGUGUUCACAAAUCUUCUAAAUAUAAGGAUUUUGUGAACACUACCUUGACAAGGUAAACUUCUUUACACACUGAAAAUUAACAUUUGCAAGGAAUCGUUCUCUGCCUUUAACUGUUUAAUUGUCAAUAACGUGUUGAUCAGUUACUGUCAAAGUAAUAAUACUGUAUAUUCAUUCUUCAUUUUAUAUAUGCAGUUUAAAAGUAUGGAGCACUUAUUAAUUUGUCUAUCAAUAAAUAAACAUGUUUGCAGAA